AUGUCUGAACCAAUAGCAACAUCACCUACAACUACAACUACUACAACUUCAACAUCGAAUACAAGUAAUAAUAAUAAUAAUAAUAAUACAACAAUGAUUCCAAAUAAAGUAUCUCCAUCAUUGAAUGGAUCACAACAACAACAGCAACAAAAAGGAAGUGAUUCGCCAACACAACAAACAGCACAACCAGAGAUUUUCAGUGUUAAAACUGUGAUGUUCAAUGAAAAAAAGAGAAAUAUCGUCACACAAAAGCAAAACGGUCCAUGUCCGUUGAUUGCAAUUAUUAAUAUUCUAUCAUUAAGAGGUUGUGUUGAUUUACCUGAAAUUCCAAUUACAUAUGACGAUUUAGUUACAAGAAUAGGUUCUUAUCUUUUAGAGAAUACUCCACAAUUUAAAGAUGGAGAAUCACAAGUAGAUCAUGAAAUAAAGAUGAAUCAUUCAAUGAAUAUUCUACCAUCAUUAGUUAAUGGAUUGAUAUUAGAUAUAAGAUUUACAGGGUAUCGUAUCUAUAAUUUCGAUACAUCUUGUGAUACUAAUAUAUUCCAAUUGUUAAAUAUCGAUUUGGUACAUGGAUGGCUGGUGGAUCCUCAGGAUGUUGAAUUGGUUUCGAUCAUCGGAGACAAGACCUAUAAUCAAAUCAUUGAGAAACUAUAUCUACAUCAAAGUAAACAAGCGAAUAACAACAACACCAAUCAUCCAGCAGCAGCAGCAACUCUAUCCCCAAAGGAAGUUAAGGAUAUACCUUCAUCACCUCCACCUCCUUAUCCAUCUUUAGACAACAAUAACAACAAUAGCAACAACAGUAAAAAUGAAAGUAGUAAUAAUGAUAAUGAUGAUGAGGUUUACGAUGAAUUUGAUCCUAUUCCUAAGAAAUCUAAUUCACCUAAAACAACGACGACAACAACUACGACUACGACGACGACAACAACAACAACUUCUACUACUUCAACAACAGCAAACAAUAACAAUAGCAAUAAUAAUAGUGAUAAAGGAAAACAAGAUGUUCAUGGAUUCCCAAAGGAUAUUUUAACAGAGGAAGAUGAUAGUUAUUCGAGUGGACUUUCAUCGGAUGAUAUUGUAGUCGAUAUGAAGAUAGCACAGUUCUUGAAGGAUACAUCGUCACAACUAUCGUAUCACGGACUGUAUGAGCUACAUUCUAAUCUCAAGGAAGGUGAACUUUCUAUACUUUUUAGAAACAAUCAUUUCGCAACUAUCUACAAAUCAGCUGGUUCUCUCUAUCUCUUGAUUACCGAUGAAGGUUACAUUCAAGAACCCGUUGUUUGGGAAAGAUUAUCACAAAUAAAUGGAGAUUCAGAGUUUUUAUUAUCAGAUUUCAAACCAUACCAGAAAAUAGAUCCAUAUUCAAACUUUUCUAAUUCUCCCAAGGUUGGAGAUGCCACUGUUGUUCCCACAGAGUUUAUGACUGAUGAAGAAUAUGCUAAAUAUCUACAGGAUCAAACUAAUGCCAAUCCAGAUACAGAUCGUGACUUUGCAGUUGCAUUACAAUUACAAAAUCAAGAGAAUCAAAGAGGUAAAAAGCGUUCAAAUAACAACAAGCAACAUCAACAAAGAGAUGACAAAGAUAAAGGUGAUAAGGAAAAGGAUAAGAGUAAAUGUAAAUUACAAUAA